UGAGUGAGUGUCAGUUCUCAGUUGUCAGUGUAGUAGAUGUAGGAAGUAGAAGUUUUGGUUUGGUUUUUUGUGGCCUACAUCAAGAUUAAUUCAUUGACUAUUUAUAUUUGGAAAAAACAAAGUGUUGAUGGUCUAGAACAAAAUAUUAUAUUUAUUCAAGAAGUUUAAAACAUACAUCAUUGACAUUGCAGUAUGGUGCUUUUCACUCUUCAGGCAAAAUGCAAUUUAGAAGGAAUUCAAACACUCUACACCCCAGAAGAUUUUACUUGGGUGGUAAAGGUGAAAUGCUCUGCCUGUGGAGAAGAAUCGCCCAACUGGCACACAGUAAAUGCCCAGGAUUCUUCGGAAGGCAAGGGUGGAAGAGGGUCUUUCAACUUUGUCUACAAAUGUAAAUUAUGCAGUAGAGAAAACAGCUUAGACAUAAUUUCAACCUCGGUGAAAAGAAUAGAGGCAGAAAAAUGUAGACAUUUUUCACCGUUGGUUACUUUUGACUGCAGAGGUCUAGAGCCCAUUGAAUACAAUCCUGGGAUGGGAUGGAUAGCAAAGGCUGAGGAGAGUGGAACUUGUUUUCGAGAUAUCGACCUAGGGGAAAAGGAAUGGGUUGAUUAUGAUGAGAAGGGUCAGCAAUCUGUAGGUGUUUAUGAAUUUGAGUCACAAUUUAAGACUGAUAAAAGUAAGUAAAAAAUUAUAUUCAAUUUGAUUUUUAAUAAAAAUGUAUCAUUGUUUAUUUAC